AUGUCGAAUCCACUUUCUAGAGCAAAAUUCAUUGAUACGAAGCUCUUAGGCCGUAAAAGAACAGUGGUUGAGAAGAUUGUGAGUGAAGAAGAAAUUGAACCAUUGAUGAAAGAAUUGGAAACAGAUACAACCAUCAGUCGUGAUGAAGUGAAACAUACUUGUCAAGAAUUAUUUGAGAAAGUAAUUAAUAAAGAGGAAGUUGUGUUAGAUAGGAAGUUCCAUAGGAGGUAUUUAGAUUUAGCUUUCGGUUCCACUCUACCACCUCAAUUGACAGCCUUGGAUGCCUCGCAACCUUGGAUGUUAUAUUGGAUUGCUAACUCUUUGAAAGUUCUUGAUCCAACAUGGUUGACUGACGACAUUAAAAACGCUAUUCAAGAAAAGAUAUUUAAGCUUUCUGAAGUCCCUCAUCAAGGUGGCCCAUUUGGUGGUGGUGUUGGGCAAUUGGCUCACAUGGCGGGUACUUAUGCAUCAGUUAAUGCCCUUGCUGUUUGUGAUAAUAUUUCAGGGUGUUGGGAUAAAAUAGAUAGACAAGCUUUGUAUGAUUGGUUGCUAGCAUUAAAGCAACCAGACGGUGGGUUUAAAACUUGUUUGGAAGUUGGAGAAGCCGAUACAAGAGGUGUAUAUUGUGCACUUACAUUAGCCUCCCUUUUAAAUAUUUUAACUGAUGAAUUACGUGAAGGUACUGUCGAAUAUCUCGUUAAAUGUCAAAAUUAUGAAGGUGGGUUUGGUGGCUCCCCACAGGAGGAUGAGGCACAUGGUGGUUAUACAUUCUGUGCUGUUGCAAGUUUAGCCAUAUUAAAUUCCCUUGAUAAAAUCAACCUUGAAAAGUUGAUGGAAUGGUGUAGCCUACGCCAAACUAAUGAAGAAGGUGGAUUGGCUGGAAGAAGCAACAAAUUAGUUGACGGUUGCUACAGUUUUUGGGUUGGUGCCACUUCAGCUAUUCUGGAAUCUCGAGGUUGGGAUUCUUCGAUUGAUAAAAAGGUACUACGAGACUAUAUUUUAAUUUGUUGUCAAUCCUCACAUGAACCAGGUUUAAGAGAUAAACCAGGAAAGCAUUCAGAUUUCUAUCAUACCAUGUAUAUUCUUUUCGGAUUAGUCAUUACUGAAAAUACAUUUAAAGAUCAAGGGGGACAUCUAUGCCAUAAUAUUGAAGCAAAGCUAAUAGAUAGCUAUAAAUUUAUACCUUCUGAUUUGCAAGGCAUCAACCCAGUUUAUGGCCUGCCAAUAGAUGACACCAAGCUAUUUAUGAAUCAUUUUAGAAAUAUUGAUAAAAAAUAG